CUUGAUAUAAUAUCUUUCACUUUGUCGACCUCCUAGUCCUUUCUCCGAUGAUUUUCUUUUUCAAACCAUGAAAAAUGCGAGCCGCGAGUCGGUUACCUCACUUGAAAUCCUCACUUGACCCUCUCCGAAUCCUUUCCACUGGAAAAGUGCCACACUAUCCUAUAACACCGUAUAACCCCGUCAACUUCGUCCAUCCAGCGUGUUACAGUUUUAAAAAAAGAGAGGCGAAGUGCGAUGAGUGAGCGAGUUGAGUGAGAGAGUGAGAGUGAGCGAGAGAUACCAAUAAGGACGAUGGAUAAAAAGGGGUCUGGAACUCUUUUCCCCAUUACAUCUCCAACGAUUGACCUCUUACCUGUUCAACCGAUAACUCGAAUCGUACAUUGAUACAUCAUGGCUCGAACCAAGCAAACCGCACGAAAGUCCACCGGUGGUAAAGCACCCCGAAAGCAGCUCGCCACCAAGGCCGCUCGAAAGUCUGCUCCUCAGGCCACUGGUGGAGUCAAGAAGCCUCACCGAUACAGGCCCGGAACUGUCGCCUUGCGAGAAAUCCGACGAUACCAGAAGUCUACUGAGCUUCUGAUCCGAAAGCUUCCCUUCCAGCGACUCGUCCGAGAAAUCGCUCAGGACUUCAAGACUGAUCUCCGAUUCCAGUCCUCUGCCAUCGGAGCUCUUCAGGAGGCCUCUGAGGCUUACCUCGUGUCCUUGUUCGAGGACACCAACCUUGCUGCCAUUCACGCGAAGCGAGUCACCAUCCAGCCCAAGGAUCUUCAACUCGCCCGACGACUCCGGGGCGAGCGAUCUUAAAUGGGUCCAGUGUGACCUUCUGAGGCGGGGCCCAGCCUCGCUUUGUUCUUCUGCGACACCUAUAGUCUCUGCGCAUCCCACUACCUCUCUCACUUUCGUACGCUUACCAUCCACCGUUUGUACUCUUAUUCGUUUUUCGCUCGUCCCCUUACAUCAAGCGCAGAUGUUCCAAUGUCCGUAGAGACUGAGACGCAUGUAUGUCCGAUCGUGUAUC